UUGACGCCCUCACUCUGCAUCCAGCUCCUGUGAUAAAGUUCAAGCCUACCCUAUAUUAAUUAAAUUCAUUCUAGGUCUGAGCAGUUAUAUACUUGGCCAGAGAGGAGAAUGACUUGUGUCAACACAACUGUCAGUGCUAAUCUUCACUGCAGGCUACAGUGUCUGAUAUCAACAGGCCCUCGAGACACGUCCCGUUCACAGCGCGCGGUAACCACGGGAGAGUGAUGGUGCUCCCGUGCAGUCCUCAGAGCGGAAUUACAAUUUCUCAGCUGCCAGUCAAACACACACAGGCUCCGCGGAGAGGAGGAGACGGAGAGGACGCCUCCGUUCAUCCAUCCAUUCAUCAAGCCGCUCAGUAAUCGCUCUGGACCUCCCGCGAGCCCCUACCAGCCUGAGCGGAGGCGCGAGACGACACCACGAGCUUCAACGGCGGCCGUGAACAACGGUCGCACGCGCAUACCGGUGAGAGGGGGGCAGCUGGGAAGGACGUGGAGAGAAAAAAGAGCCCGUCUGUCAGUGUUAUUCCCCGGUGUGGAUGUGGAGAGACCGCAAAACUCUGCUUUCCAGCCCCUGACUGAGCGCAUUUUACCGAGGGUCCUCCCUGGUUGCUGAUCUAAAGCUCAUCUCUGGCUGGAGUCGACAGCCACCCCCACUCCUCAGUGAAGAGCACCAUGACCCAGGAGGGGCAGGCUCUGCCCUCUCCCACCCCACCAGAGAACCCAGUGGAGCCCAGUACAGCCACCACCUCCACCACUGACCCACCCACAGAGACACACAGCGCUGCAAAGCAGGACAAGACGGGGGCCAGGGCGAAGGACGAGAGAGAGGAGGGGAAACAACAAGAAGAGAUCAGAGAGGGAGAGGAGGAGGCACAGGGGGAGACACACAGGGAAGGAGAGGGGAGGGAAGAGGUAAAGUAUGAGGGAGGAGAGUUGAAAGAGGAGAGGGUGGAUGGUGCUGGUGAUGAGGAUCAGCAGACAGAUGGAGGGGUGGAGGCAGAGAGGGAAGGGACGAUAGGGGAAGCAUGUAUGAAUGUGGAGGUAACAGGGGAGGAGGAGGCAACACAGGAGGUGGAGGGGAUGAAAGAAGAGGAGGAGGGAAAGGAAGAUGAAGAAAUGCAACCGUCUACAGAGGAGCGGGCAACUCACCCUCAACAGCCUGGGCGACUGGCAAAUGGCAUAGGUGGGAAUGAAGACGAUGAUGAAGCUGGCGAGGAGGAUGAGGGAGGAGACGACGGGGGGACUCACACACACUUGGACACUUUCAGCUCUAACUUUGAGACUACUGUAGAACAGGCUGACACAGAGGUGGAAGAAGAGGAGGAAGAGGUUCAGAAAGAGGGAGAUGGGAGAGAGAACCAGGACACUUUCAGUUCUGCGUUUGAGCAGAUCGUUGAGCAGGUGGAUGUUCAGGAGGAGGAGGAGGAAGAGGAGGAGGAGAGGGAGAAGGGUAGAGUGGACAACAAAGAUGGCUUCAGCUCCACAUUCGAGCGCAUCGUAGAGUCUGCCCUGCUGAGGGGCGGGACCUGCUACAGCAGCCUGGACUCUCUGGACGUGCUGUCACUCACAGAUGAGACAGACAGCUGCGUCAGCUUUGAGGCACCACUGACGCCGCUAAUCCAACAGAGGGCGCUGUUACAGGGUCCUGAACCUUUGGAGCUGGAGCUGGCAACGGUUCAGGAGCAAGAAGGCGCUGAAGCUGGACCAGACUGUCCAGGUGAUCUCACAGCUGAGGACAGCGCUGUCCAUGGAGCCGCAGCUGGAGUAGGAGGAAGCCCGCUGAGAACCACCAUACCUGGGAGCAGGUCAGAGUUUGUGCUGAGUCAGCCUGGUCGCUGGGCCAUCCCUAAUGGAUACCACACGGACUCCCAGGGUGCCAUGGAAGGUUGUGGAGCCAUGAUCAACUCUGUCAGUGAUGCCAACCUCACAGACGUGCUGUCUGACUCAGAGGAGUGUGAUUUGGGUAGUCUGGAGCGUUUGGAGCGCGGCAGCACAGACACUCUGGCCAAUGGCUGCCGAGCCGACUGCGAGGCCGCCAAGAGGCUGGCCAAGCGGCUCUAUCACCUCGAGGGCUUCAAGCGCUGCGAUGUGGCCAGACACCUGGGCAAGAAUAACGAUUUUAGCCAGUUGGUGGCAUCGGAGUACCUGAGCUUCUUUGAUUUCUCUGGCCUGUCGCUGGAUCGAGCCCUGAGGAACUUCUUAAAGGCAUUUCCACUGAUGGGAGAGACCCAGGAGAGAGAGAGGGUCCUUGUACAUUUCUCCAGACGCUUCUGCCACUGCAACCCUCAGACACUCACCUCUGAAGAUGGAGCCCACACAUUAACCUGCGCCCUUAUGCUGCUCAACACCGAUCUACACGGGCAUAAUAUUGGGAAGAAGAUGUCCUGCCAACAGUUUAUCAGUAAUCUAGACGGCCUCAACAACGGCAAAGACUUCCCUAAAGACUUAUUAAAGGUCUUGUAUAACUCGAUCAAGAAUGAGAAGCUGGAGUGGGCAGUUGAGGAGGAGGAGCUGAGGAAGAGUCUGUCAGAGCUGGUGGAGGAGCAGUGUGAGGGUGGGAGUAAGCGUGUUGCCAGGGUAACCGACGGCAGUAACCCUUUCAUCGCCAUUCCCAUUCUGUUAAAUGCCGUCACCUACAAACAUGGAGUGCUGACCCGCAAGAGCCACGCUGACAUGGACGGCAAACGCACCCCGAGGGGUCGCCGCGGUUGGAAGAAGUUCUAUGCGGUUCUGAAGGGGAUGAUCUUGUAUCUCCAGAAGGAUGAGUACAAGCCUGACGCUGACAUUUCAGAGGUGGACCUGAAAAACGCAGUGCGGAUCCACCACGCUUUAGCCACUCGUGCCACCGACUACAGUAAGAGAGCCAACGUACUGAAGCUGAAAACCUCAGACUGGAGAGUCUUUCUGCUGCACGCCCCUAGCGAGGAGGAGAUGAUGUCUUGGAUCUUCCGGAUAAACCUGGUGGCAGCGCUGUUCUCCGCUCCGGCCUUCCCUGCCGCCAUCGGCUCCAUGAAGAAAUUCUGUCGGCCCAUUCUGCCAUCAUCAACCACCAGACUCAAACAGGAGGAGCAGCUGCUGAGUCACGAGAGCAAGCUGAAGCAGAUGAGCCUGGAGCUGGAGGAGCACCGGAAAAACUCGCCCUCAGCCGACCCCAAAAGCCGCGAGUGGGAGGAGUACCGGCUCAAAGAGCACUACCUCACGUAUGAGAAGACACGGUAUGAGACAUACAUCAGCCUCCUGCAGGCCAAAAUCCGCGCAGAGACUGACGACCUUGAGAAGAUCGAGGCCAGCGUGAUGGGUGGCCUGAUCAUGGAGGGCGGCCUGGUCAGUCGUGAGUGCCACCUCCGCAAAACGCAGUCCUCCCCGUCCAUCAGUCAGGCUCAGGGCGGGCUGAACGGGAGGGCGGCUGGAUGCACUGCCCCGGGACAGAGGAGCUGAGGGGAGGAAGGAGAACCAGUCAUCGCAGCCCAUAAAACAUGAUCCAUCCAAGGCAAAUCAGCUUAAUCCUCCAACUUAUGAUUGGGUUGUUCUGUUUUUGUGUUUGUGGGCUCCUCCGCUCCUCCUGUACAGCGAGAAGGUUGUAACAGGAGAAAUGACAUCACUAUCCUUUCCAGAAUUUAUCAGCCGUGGUGAUAAGUUUCUGUCCGUGAGCAAUAGAUGAAGAAGACCCAACAAGUGACCCUGCUAAACCUCAGUCCUUUGAACUUUUAUUAUUGCACAUUAAAAUGAUCAUAACUGUGAUCUCUAUUUAUAACAACAUCAUCAGUAUUAUUUUGAAAUCAAACUCAGAACGAUGCAUUGGUUGAAAUGUGUUUUUGGUUAUGACCAGAGAUUCGAGUAAUUUUUAAUGUGUCAGUUUAAGGCCAGAAAGAGGACAAAGAAGGAGAGACAGACUGGUUUUCCUGUGUCCUCUCUGUCCUGUCUUUGCCCUGUGGUCCAGGAGUCAGGCAGUGAUUCAGAUGGAGAUGGUACUACUGUAGCAUUUGGGCCUUUUUUCUCCGCUCAUGUUUACACACUGAGCCGCUCACAGGCGUGUGUAUGGACCUACAGUUUGGGUGGAGUGUGAAGAUACGACAUAUCUGUCCCAGAGUUACAAAAAAACUCUCAGAUGAACUUCUCAGAGGGAUCAAGUACCUGCCAUGUAUAGCAUAUUUAUUUAUUUAUUGAAGUCUGCAAACCUUUAUUCACCCCAGGAAGGGUUGACACUGAGCAUGCUCGCUCUUUUUCAGCAAUUUCCGUCUUCAUUCAUACAGUUACAUUUGUAAAUGUAAAGGAGCCGCCGAGUGGAACAACUGUGGUUUUAACUGUUCACGAAGCUGCUCCACCAGAGGAACUGGAGGUUGAGUGCCUUACCCAAAGGCACCUUGACACUAGAUGUUGAGGGAUUUCGAGAGUGUAAGUCAGUCACUUGUCAGAGAGAUCACAAGUGUGUGUCUGUGAUUUUUGAACUGCCGCUACCCCGAAUACUGACGUGUGUUCAACUAUUCUGUUUGCUUUUCAAGCAAAUCAAAUCUGAACUGAAGAGGAGAGCGUUAUGUGGCUGAAUGAUAGCACUGUGCCAUAUUCUGACUUAUACCACAAACCACUCUUCUUAUAUCACAACAGAGUGCACUGAGCUGAUAUAUGUAACAAUGUAUGGUUGGGUGUGAAGUUUCUGAAGUUAGACGUGAAGGGCAGAAUAGGAAAGUGUGGGUGGAGGCGUCCCGAAUGAGUGGGUCGGCUGGUGUAUGUGUGUGUGUGCACAUGCAUGUGUGUGUGUGUGUGUGUGCGUGCAUCGGCAUGCUGUUUUUAGGCGAUUCCACUUGAGAUGUUGAAGCUGUAGGCAACAGGAAGAAGUAAAUAUAGCAGGGUCAAGUUUUCUAUGAAGAGUUUAUUGAGCAUGUUUGGUGAAAAACAAUCCAACAGUCAGACCUGGAUCUCAAAAAGCAUCUUCAGCACAAAGGCAGACCCAUCCUUGUGACAAAAUAUUUGCCGUUAUCUCUUAAAGGGGACCCAUUAUGCUUUUUUUAAUUUUCCGUCAUAUAUAUGAUAUUGCAAUGCCAGAUGCUGAUGUUAUAUGUGGCUAAAGUUUCAAAUAAUGAGGUAAACAUAUAGUAAUCCCUGAGGGCAAAAAACCUCAGACCGUUCUGAAGAGACAAGCUGACAUUAGCUGGUGAUAGAUUUCCUUCUAUGGUCAUUUGCUCCUGGCAUACCACUGAACAUGUUAAUGUUACAUACACAGCUACAUGUAACUACUAGGUAACGUCAGGAAAACAUAGUCUUGAUAGCAGAUCUUGUUAAUUUCUCCCCGAUUUUAGAUAAUAUUCCUGGUGGAACAUAUCUUUUCAUGGUAGAAAGUGUCACUAUACUCUGUCACAGUCGUGCCCCCACUGCUAGACCACUGCUACAUGUAGCCACAUGCUAACAUAGAGGAUAGCUGUACUGUUGGUUGCAGAUUUUGCCAGUUGCACCCAAUUUUAGAUCAUAUUCCUGCUAGAACAUGUUGGUUUGUGAAAAUGUUGUUAAAGAAGCUUUUACUGAUGAUUUUUCACAGUAGAAAGAGCCACUAUACUACCAUUACAUUCCCUGGCUGCAAGUUCAAGGCUACAUGUAGUUACGUGUUAACAGGAAAACAUCAUAUUGGUUGCAGAUUUUCCUAAUAGCUCUCCAAUUUCAGAUGACAUUCCUGCUGGAAAAUGUCUGAUUGUAAAGAUUUAGGUUUAGAAGCUUAUAUGGUAGAAAGCACUGCUGUUCUAUUGUUACAGUCAUUUCCCAACUGCAACGACAUUGCUACAUGUUGCUACAUGCUAACAUCCAGAUAUUAUUGGUUGCAGAUUUAGCAAUUUUCUCCCCGAUUUCAGAUCAUAUUCUUGCUGGAACAUGUCCAGCUGUGAAGAUUUGGGUUUGCUGAUUUUUCAUGGUAGAGAGUGUCGCUCUACUUUGUUAUAGUCAUUCUCCUGCUACAGUGACUGUGCAAGACCAGCAAACACUGACCCAUUAGAGCAGACUGGGCUUUGGCAGAAGGGGGGGGGGGGGGGCUCCAACAGACAGGCACUAAAACGCAGCACUUUAGACAGAGGGUGACAGGUGUUCCAGCACAGACAGUACGAGGAAAAUGUGUAUAAAGUGUGUUUUUUACAUUAAAGCAUGUAAACAUGU